UCACUGCUGGUGCUGAGCUGUCAAGUGAGAGCUGAGUUGUCUGUUUUUUUGUCAAAUGAAAAAUUAUAAUUUUUCAAGAAAAUUUGCAGAAAAUAUUUAAUACAGAAUUAAAAAAGUGCAAAAAAUAAUAAAAUAUAACUAGCAAACUUUUAAACAAAAUUUGUGUAAAAGAAAAUAUUUUUCGUCAAGCAAAAGGGAGGAGACACUGUUAACGCAAUAUUCUCGAACUUUGAAACCCCUAAUUUGUAAAAUUACAAGGAUCUUUUCAGUGAAAAAUACAGAUAAAACUAUAAAGAAAGACAAAUAUUCGAGUAAAUCUUUUUUAAAGACCUUUUGCUGCUGUCACAAUUUCUAUGUUUUGUUAAUAAAGAGUAAAAUAAAGGGUCACUACAAUGUCGUCAUAUACAAAUACAAAUUAUGGUCCACCACCAAUGGGACAAAUGAAUAUGGUUAAUGGUAUGCCACCCUUACCACAAAUGCAACAACAGCCAUUGCUGCCACAACAACAGCAACAAAAACAACAAUAUUCUGGUAUGCCACCAAUGUCUCCAACAAUAAAUGAAAAUAUUAGCAAAUUCAUGCCACCAUCAAUGGCCUCAACAUCUGUUACAAAUCCAACAACAACAAUUGGAAAUUACACUGGACCUCAAAGUGUAAAUGGACCCCAGCCAAGACCGCCAACAAGUCAACAGCAAACACAAGGUCCUCUAACUAGUAAUCUACCACCUCAUAUGAGGCCUCCGAUUGCAAAUGGACCUGGAUCGGGAAAUAAUCAAAUGUCGAAUGGUGCAAGUAUUAAUGCAACAGCAAGUGCAAAUUCUUCAAGAACCGCUUCACCUUCACUUCAAUUAAAUCAACAACAAUAUCAACUCACAGCUCAGUCCCAACAGCAGCAAUCUGGUAUUGGAAACCAACCACCAACAGCACCAUUAACCAAUACUACUGCAACAUCAAAUGUUACUAAUUUAACGGGCAGCAUGCAAAACUUAAAUGUUAAUCGGAUGAAUGGUCCUAUUCCACCCACAUCUUUGCCGUCAUCCCAGUCUAUGCAAAUGCUACCCAAAAAUGUCGCGACACCUGUAUCGCAACAACAAAAUGUGAAUAAUUUCCAGAAUAACUUCAAAACAUCAGCUUUAAAUGUGCAACCACCACCAACAUCCGCAGCCCCAACAAAUCUUCCUCUCAAUGUUGCUGGAGCACCACUAAGCAAUCGGCCUGUACAACCAGCAGCUCAGUUUGGCGCCCAACGACCCCCUACGAGUGGAACAUAUGGUACGUCUACAUCUCCUCUCAUGUCAUAUCCACAAAGCCCAUCACAAAAUGCCAAUUAUCCAACAGCACCAAAUUCGACUGGACCACUACCACUUCCACCUACACCAACAACCAAUACGUUACAGCAAAAUCAAUUGAACAAUAACCAAACUCAAAUGAGCCAACAACGUAAACCAAUGUAUCCCACUAAUCAACAACUGCCUCCAAUGAUGCAACAACAGCCGCAGCAGCAGCCUCCGCCACCUCUACAACAGCCAUAUUCUGCUGCUUAUAAUUAUCCAGCCCAGAAACAGCAGCAAUCUGUUGGCGCUACUCAACCACCUGGCAUGUUUAAUGGACAACAAAAUACAGGACCCUUGCAAUAUCAAAAUCAAUCUUAUCAACAGCAACAGCAGCAACCUGGUCAAUUCCCUCAUGGAGGCAGCGUUCUUCAACAGGGUUUCAAUCGGCUAUGGGGUCAAGAUACAAUUGAUCUUAUGCAAAAUCGCCAUAUUUUAUCACCGGCUACUUUAGUACCACCCAAAAUUGUUUUACACAACCAAUUUCACGAAUCUAUUAACUGCAAUUCCAACAUAAUGCGUUGUACACUAGCUAAAAUACCAGAGAGUAAUUCGCUAUUGCAAAAAUCUCGUCUGCCCUUGGGAAUUCUUAUUCAUCCAUUCCGUGAUAUUAAUAGCCUCCCAGUUAUUCAAUGUCCGAAUAUAGUUCGCUGUCGCUUAUGUCGUACAUACAUUAAUCCUUUUGUGUACUUCGUUGAUAGUAAAAUGUGGAAGUGUAAUUUAUGUUACCGGGUCAAUGAAUUGCCAGAUGAUUUUCAAUUUGAUCCAGCCACCAAAACUUAUGGAGAUGUAACUCGUCGUCCCGAAGUACGUUCUAGUACAAUUGAGUUCAUAGCACCAUCUGAAUAUAUGUUGCGUCCACCGCAGCCAGCUAUAUAUUUAUUCCUAUUCGAUGUAUCAAUAAUUGCCCAACAAUGUGGAUACUUGGAGAGUGUCUGUGCGAUGCUAUCCAAACAUUUAGAUGAUAUGCCAGGCGAUGCUCGCACUCAAGUUGGUUUUAUUGCCUACAACAGCAACGUACAUUUCUACAGCAUGGCUGAAGGUUACAAUCAACCCCAUGAGAUGACUCUAUUGGACAUAGAUGAUCCUUUUUUGCCAAGACCCGAUAAUCUGUUAGUGAAUCUUAAGGAAUGUAAAGAAUUAGUGAAAGAUUUACUAAAUCAAUUGCCAAAACGUUUUGCUGAAACUCAUGAUCCAGGUUCAGCAUUAGGAGCUGCGCUGCAAGUAGCGUUUAAAUUAAUGCAAGCGUCUGGUGGUCGUAUUACCGUAUUCCAAACGUGCCUUCCCAAUAAGGGUCCCGGUGGUUUAGAGCCUCGUGAAGAUCCUAAUAAUCGGUCUGCCAAAGAUGUUGCUCAUUUAAAUCCAGCAACGGACUUUUAUAAACGUUUCGCUCUUGAAUGUUCUGGUUAUCAAAUUGCUGUUGAUCUUUUCCUAUUAAAUCAGCAAUACAGUGAUUUGGCUACAAUAUCCGGCAUUAGCAAGCAUAGCGGUGGCUGUGUUCACCAUUUCCCCUUAUAUCAAAAGACUAAACCUCAGUUGGUGGAUUCUUUGAAGCAUUGCUUAAAACGAUAUUUGGUGCGUAAAAUUGGUUUUGAAGCAGUAAUGCGUAUACGUUGUACACGUGGCCUUCAAGUACAUACAUUCCAUGGUAAUUUCUUUGUUCGUUCGACAGAUUUGUUAUCAUUACCCAAUGUUAAUCCGGAUGCCGGUUAUGGCAUGCAGAUUUCCUAUGAGGAAACAUUAACGGAUGUGAAAACAAUAUGCUUCCAAGCAGCCUUGCUUUAUACCAACAGUGAAGGUGAACGUCGCAUACGUGUACACACAGUUUGUUUGCCAGUGACUGCUUCUUUACCCGAAGUAAUGCAUUCUGCAGAUACGGAAGCUAUAAUCGGUUUACUUUCAAAGAUGGCUGUUGAUCGGUCAAUAACAUCAAAUAUAGCUGAUGCUCGUGAGGCAUUCAUUAAUGCCACAGUAGAUAUAUUGAAUGCAUUUAAAAUUGCACAAAACUUACCAUCAGGCCAAUCUGGACAACUUAUUGCACCACGUAGUUUGUCUCUUAUGCCUCUUUAUAUAUUGGCAUUGUUGAAACAUCCUGCCUUCCGUGUUGGCACGAGUACACGCCUCGACGAUCGUGUGUUUGCUAUGGACUCCAUGAAGACUUUACCUUUAGAUCAAUUGAUGAAAUUUAUCUAUCCAGAAUUUUAUAAUAUUGAUGUACUAUUCUAUAAUAAUCAAAAUGCCAAUCCUACAAACGAUGAUGCUGAUGAAGAAGACGACUUACCAGAUGUUCAACGUUUGCAGUUAUCAGCAGAGUAUUUGGAUUCUCGUUCAAUAUUCUUAAUGGAUUGCGGCACAUUGAUUAUGGUAUACGUUGGACUCAAUGUACCAGUUAAUAUUCUAGAAAAUACUUUCGGAAUUAAAUCAACCGCUGAAUUGCCCGACUAUUACUAUGGUUUACCAAAUGUAAAUAGGUCGGAAAAUGAUACACUGAAACGAUUUAUAAUGAAACUAAAUGAUGAAAAACCUUAUCCACCAAUUGUACAGAUAAUAAGGGAUACAAGUACAGCCAAACCUCAACUAAUUGAAAAAUUAGUUGAUGAUCGCAGCGAAUCUAGUUUAUCAUAUUAUGAAUUUUUGCAACACAUACGGACUCAGGUUAAAUAGUAGUUUAGUAAAGGAAAGAUAAGUUGAAAUUAAAUAAACGCUAAUAAUAAUAAAAAUAAUGUAGUACAUGUAGAAAUUAAAAAGGGAAAUCUUAAAAGAAAAAGAUACAAAAUAAUGUAUAAUUUUUAUGUUACAAUGAUUUAUAUACAAUAUAAAAGUGGACACGGUUUAAAGUCCAGUAAAAUGAAAACAAAAUUUUACCUAAAAUAAGAUAAAGAAAUAAUAACAGCUGCAUUAGUCAUUUUUGGUGUUGAUUUCCAAAAUGUUUGUGUUUGAUUUUUUAUAUUUCAUUCAUAAGUGUGUUUUUGUUUUGUCUUUAAUUUAAUUAUUAUUUAUUAAUAUAUAUGAACUGGAAGUUGAAAAAAACAACAAUGUGUUUUUGUGCAAUUCGUUUUUUGUUUCUUUAAAUAGUAAUAAAACACACUCAUGCUUAGGUAUUAUAUCUUAAUAAUAUUUAAUAAAUAUAAAAACGAAAUAUUAAAACGUGAUAGGAAUUUUUAAUAAUUGAAAAAAAAAUCAUAAAGAAAACAUGUUUGAAUUGAGAAAUUAUAUAUACGUAUGUGUUAUUAAAAUACAUAUUAAAAAAAAUACUAAUAAUUAAAACCUUUAACUAUAAUCCGUAUUUGCAGUACUUUAAUUAAAACUAACGAAUGUAUACAAUGUAAGUAUGUUUGUAUGCAUGUACGUUUGUAAUGGGUGUGCGGUGGUAAAAAUAUUCUAAAUUUUCUUGCUUUGUCCUUUUUUUCUAUCAAUAAGUAUAAGUUUUUAAUAUUUAAUUCAGAAGCCUAAUUACCUACCAUAGCUGCGGAUGAGCGAUCCUGUAUUUUUUAAAUAAAUUCAAUUCAAUUUAUUAGUUUUUUUUAUUUAUAAAUGGUUAUGAAGUGUAUUUGAAGUUUUUUUUACUUAACAAGUUUAAAAAUGUUUUGUUUUCUUUAAUAAAACUAACUUCAAAAGUAUUCCAAAAUUAUGUUGUUAAUUGGUUACGCAUCAAAAUUUGACCAAAGAUUUUCAGAUAAUCUUCAUCAUGCCUUUUGGAAAUUUGAAUGUUUUUCUCCAUGAUUCUAAAAUACUAUAUUAAUUUAAAAAUACAUUAUUUAAAAGUUUUAUAACUUUUUUUAUGACAAUCACAAAAUUAUAAAAAAAAAAUAAUUUAGUCGGUAGAACUAGCAUACUAACUUGCUCUACCACGAAUUUUAAGUAUAAUUUUGAAAUUGUCGCAAAAUACAGAUUUCGAUUUUAAAGAUCAAUAAAAUAAUAAAUUUUUACGAAACUUUUUGGGACUAUACUUCAUAACAAAAAUUUAUAUACAUAUAAUAAUUUUUUGAAAAAUAUAUAAGUAUGUAUAUUGUUUCUAUUUUUUAAUUUAGUCAUUUAUAGAAUUAUAAACUUUAUGGUGUUAAGCUUUUUUUCCAUUUUUAUGCAUUUUGCUUCCAUUUCCGUUACAACGAUAUUUUGUUCAACAUUUCCUGAAUUUUGUUUUCUAACACUAUGUAUUCCUAAUUUAAAAUUCAUUUUUUCUUUGCAAUUUCUAUUUAUUUAUUAAUUAUUUAUGAUUUUCAUACUCUCAAGCUUAAAGCUUUUUGUUUAUCUAUUUAUUUGAAUGAAAAUAUAAAAGUUUCAUUCUUUUUAAGAAAAUAAAAUAUUUGUAAUAGUUGAUAAAUAUAAAAUGCUAUUGAAGUUCAGACAAACGUGUUUAAUGCUUGUUUUUCGAAAAAACUCCAAGUGUUUAAACUCGGCGUUUUCUUCUUUGAGAAGUUUUUAUUUCAAAUUAAAAUAAUAAUGUCAGGUGCUUUUUAAGCAUUGUUCUUAAAAAAAAUUAUUAUAUUUAUUAUAAAUUUAAUAUAAAUGAAAUAAUAAUUUACAAGAUUUGUUAUGUUUUUUAUAUUUUUGUGCGUUCAUGGUUGUGUUUAUUAAAAAAUGAUAAAAAUGAUUCUUGUUUUUCUUUCUUUUAAAAAGACAUUUCAUGUAUAAUUAUUUUACACCUUAAAAUUAGAUGUUUUUGAAUCAUAUAAAUGUAUUAAAAACAAGUCAGAAUUAAGGUGUUUAAUGAAAAAACAGUAUGUGUUUAACACGUAUGUCUGAACGUAGCAUAAAACAAAUAAAAGAAAACUGGAGUUUUAUUAAAUAAGUUGAUAUAAAAGAAAAUUAUUUAUAUAUUAUAUUAUAAAUAUAUACAUACAUACCUACAAAUAGAUAUGAUUUACAAUAAAUUCAAAUAAAAAUUAUAAUAACAAUAAUUAUAAAUGAUUAUUAUACAUUGUUGUGGAUAAAGUAUAAUUCUACCAUUGUAUUAAUUAGAAAUAAAAUAAUUAUACAUAUUAAAUACAUAAAUCUAUAAACACAUGAAAUGUUUUUAUUAAAAUCAUAAAUAAAAUUACGACUACUAUCUACAUUUAAUUUAAUAAAAUGAGAAAUAUAUACCCAAAUAAAGAAA